AUGAAAUUCCUGCUGAUCGUUGCUGCUUUCCUUCUAACUGUUCAUGGAGUACCAACAAUCCCCGAGCCCAGCUGCACCAGCUGCAACGUCAGCCAAAUCGACUGGGAUGCGCACAAGUUUGGGCAAGAUGACACCAUUCAGUAUAGCGAUCCAACAACAGUCGACGGCUGCCUGCAAAUGGUAGCCAACUGUAUCAUCUUCAAGUUUCAAAUCUAUGUAAACGACGUGCGCGCGUUCGAAAAGGGCAAGCCAGUCAACUACGUCACGCUAAACUGUCGCGACGGAUACUGGGCUUACACGGGAGCGGAUACGUCACGCGCCAGCGACUUUGACGUCUCCGAAAUUCACUGCGAGCCCGAUUGGAUC